CGAGGUAGUUUUAGGUACUUCGUAGUUCCGCAUAUUUAUGAAUAGCUGUUGAAGUAAGAAAUUAAAGAGCAAGGCUUCCAGUCGAUAAUCGACUUUGUUAUUGUCGCUUCGCUUCGCUCGGAUUGUUUGGAAAAUGCACAAGUCUAACUGUGAGCGCGACUCACAAUCCAAACGUGCGGACGAUAAGGAUCAGAGCAGCGAGGCCCUCAAGAUCGAUUUCGGAUUUACACCACCCUUUGAAGUACCUCUAGAGCCCUUGGUCGAAAUUUUUAAUUCGUUAGCAGUCCACGGGGCAUUUCCACGGGGCUGUGGAAAGAUUACGGUUUCCUCGGCAGUGGUGCGAAAAUGGGUUUCGAACCGUCGGAGCGACUGCACAGUGGAGCGAAAAUGCCCAUGUUAGGUUUGGGCACUUGGCAGUCGAAACCAAAUGAAGUUCGUGAAGCCGUCGAGUACGCCAUCGAUAUCGGCUAUCGACACAUCGACACCGCUUGCACAUACGGAAACGAGAGGGAAAUUGGCGAUGCCUUGAAGAAGAAGAUUGGCGAGGGAGUGAUUAAACGUGAAGAUGUUUUUGUUGUUACCAAGUUGUGGAGCACAUAUCAUAAACCUGAAAAUGUUCUGAAAGGGUUGAAACUUUCUCUGGAAAAACUGCAGCUAGAUUAUGUGGACCUGUAUCUGAUUCACUGUCCGGUGGGAGUCAAAUUUGUUGAUGAUAACACGUUCUUCCCAAAGGACGAUAAUGGGAACACUUUAGUGGAAAAGAUGGAUCACUUGGCAGUCUGGAAGGAACUGGAAAAGGCGGUCGACCAAGGUCUGGUCAAAGCUAUCGGAUUAUCCAAUUUCAGUAAAAGACAAAUUCAGAAUAUUCUGGACAACUGCCGAAUUAAACCAGCAAAUCUACAAGUGGAAUGUCAUGCGUAUCUGAUGCAAAACCCUUUGUACGCGUAUUGCUACAAAAACGGAAUCACUUUUACAGCCUAUGGGCCACUUGGUUCACCCGAUCGCGUCACUAAACGUCCCGGGGAUCCUGUUUUACUGGAAGAGCCAAAGCUGAAAGAAAUCGCGGACAAGCACAAGAAAACACCGGCACAAAUUCUGAAUCGCUACCUUAUCGAGCGAGGCCGGAUCACCAUCCCCAAAAGUGUUAACCGCGAGCGGAUAAAGGAAAAUUUCGAUAUCUUGAAUUUUAAACUGACAGAUGAGGAUUUGAAGCAUCUGGAUAGCCUCAACAAGGACAUUCGCUACUUUCAGUUUGACUUAAAUUCCAAAAUGGUUAACUUCGAGCCUUCCAUUACCCUGAACAAUGGGCAGAAAAUGCCCAUGAUUGGACUUGGUACUUGGCAGUCCAAACCGAAUGAAGUGAAGCAAGCGGUAGAAUACGCUCUGGACAUCGGCUACCGUCACAUCGAUACGGCUUUCGUGUAUGGCAACGAAAAAGAAAUCGGCGAGGCAUUGAAAAACAAGAUCAAAGAAGGCGUUGUUAAACGGGAAGAUGUUUUUAUCGUGACAAAACUAUGGAGCACUUAUCAUCGUCCGGAGAAAGUGGAAGAAGCCAUUAAGAAAUCCUUGGCCAAUUUGCAGCUCGACUACAUUGAUUUGUAUUUGAUUCAUAAUCCGGCGGGUGCUAAAUUUGUCGAUGAGCAAACUCUUUUUCCCCGAGAUGCGGAUGGAAAGGCAAUAUAUGAGCGCACGGAUCAUGCUUUAAUCUGGAAGGAAAUGGAAAAAGCAGUUGAUCAGGGAUUGAUUAGGGCGAUUGGGCUUUCCAAUUUUAACAAGCGACAAAUUCAGAACGUGAUUGACAAUGCGCGAAUCAAACCGGCCAAUCUGCAGGUGGAAUGCCAUGCGUACUUCAUGCAAAAGCCGUUGUACGAAUACUGCAAACAGAACGGAAUUACGCUUACGUCUUAUGGCCCCCUUGGUUCACCUACACGAAUGACGAUUAAUCCCGAUGAUCCCGUUUUGCUGGAAGAUCCACUUUUGCAAGAAAUAUCGAAAAAGUAUAACAAAACACCCGCACAGAUUUUGAAUCGUUUUUUGAUUGAACGAGGACGAAUCACCAUUCCCAAAAGCGUUAACAAAGACCGGAUAAAGGAAAAUUUCAAUCUUUUUGACUUCAAAUUUGAAGACGGCGAUUUGGCGAAAAUGGAUUCACUGGAUAAAAACCAUCGUUACUUUAAGUUUGAAUUCGUGGGGGAUUCCGAAGAUUUUCCUUUUCACGAUCCGUAUUAAUCCGUUGGUGGCCGCUGGCGCAGGUUUUCAUUUGCACACCUGCACGUUUGAGGAAUCGGCCGUUACUUCGCGAAGCGAAGAAUUAUCAAGUCUGGAAGUUUUUUAUGUGUUCUAAGAUGGAGGCAAUAACUAAGCAGUAUGGAAAUAUAACGAUGUUGAUUAAAGUCGAUAUUUGUGGAAAGGCAGCUCCUGUUUUGUCCACUCAUGAAUAAUUUUUGCACGAAGCUUUACUAAUGAACACUACUAUCGGUG